GGAUAGCAAAACACAGGGAUCAAAACAAAGAGAAGACAUGGACAACAUAACUGCAAGCGAGCUGGCCGGUUUUGGAGUUGGAACUCUGCUUCUCUGCGCCACCAUUGCUGCUCCUAAGAUCGAUGCUUUCAUCUCUGGCUCUCAGCGCAUUUCAUUGGGAAUGUGCAAGAGAUGUGGUAAUGUGAGGAAGAUAGCAUGCUCAACAUGUAGAGGAACUGGAUUAGUGAAGGAAGGUGGAAUAGCUGGUUUCAAUUUAAUUGAUGACUUGUAUCAAUCGCUAGGGGGUGAUGAAUCCAGAGUGGGAUCCAUUGCUUGCAUCAAAUGCCAAGCUAAAGAUUAAUACUGAGAGUGUUGCUUGUGUUAAAUUGGAUAGAUCGCUAAUCCUGUUGAGAGACUUUACUAUCCUUAUACUGCAAAUCCAGUGGUAUCAGUCAACAUUAUCUGCUCCUUAACAAGUUGAAUCUCAUUAUCGAGGUUGUAUUGCCUCCCUUGUAUCCUUUCUCCCUUUUGUGGAGUAUUUGCGGUUGAAAUCAGAUAUAAAGGAAUUUUCUCCCUCAAGUACCUGGUGAUCAGAAUAAGCAACAAGGGGGAGCAUAUGUAGAAUUCAUCCAAGGAUUUUCAUAUGUGAUCAGUGGUUCA